UACAAGUUGGUAUGGACAUGAGCUUAAUGCUUUGAUUGGACACAAUUUUUUAUUUAGGUUUUUCCGUUGCUUUAUCAGAGGACAUACCUGAGUGGUAGAAGACUAAACGAGAGGAGCCUGAAACAGGAUUUUUUUAAGGCUAAUCAGGGGUUAGGUUUUGUGUUUCUCUACAUAAGAGACAGCAUCUGCUCUGACAAGGACAGGUGGAUAAAUCUCCAGUCUUCCAAGAAGCCAUACCUGACACAGUGCUGCAAUCAUGGGUGAAUGGAGCUUCCUCGGUGAACUCUUUGGUAACCUCCAGGUGCACUCGCCGAUGCUUGGUCGUUUCUGGCUCUUACUCAUGCUUGUGUUUAGGAUACUGAUCCUGGGAACUGUUGCCAGUGAUUUGUUUGACGAUGAGCAGGAGGAGUUUGCCUGCAACACCCUGCAGCCAGGCUGCAAACAGGUGUGCUACGACAUGGCCUUCCCUAUCUCCCAGUACAGGUUCUGGGUGUUUCACAUCGUCCUCAUCGCCACACCUUCCCUGGUUUUCCUCAUGUAUGCCAUGCACCACCAUAACAAGAGAAGCCUCCGCCCCGAAUUAAGCCAAAUUAGCAGCCAGGAGCGCAGAGCGGACCGCCAUUUAAAGAGGCUCUACAUUGUCAAUGUGGCCUUCCGCAUAGUGGCAGAAGUUGGCUUUCUAGUGGGCCAGUGGUUGCUGUAUGGCUUCAAGGUGGAAGCCCAGUUCCCCUGUAGCCGCUUUCCUUGCCCCUACACAGUGGACUGCUUCACAUCCCGCCCUGCAGAGAAAACAAUCUUCCUCUGCUUCUACUUUGUUGUAGGGGUGAUUUCGGCGAUUUCCAGUCUUGCUGAAUUUUUCUACAGCUCCAAAAAGUUGUUUUGCUCACGCCGGGUGCCCUUGCCCACAGAGCGCCUCAGUGUCUGCCAGAACCUCCACAACUUGAAGGUUCUUGAGGAAGCAAAAGCAAGAAGAAGGACAACGUCAGAGAGUGAGUCCAGCAGUGUGAGGCUGAAGGGAGGACCGCUGAGGAGCAGCAGGAAGGUCUCCAGCAUCGGAUACAAGCAAAAGAGUGGCAAAUAUGCGAGCAGUGGGACACUCACGGUGUGAGACAGCCUUGAAUCAAACAUGCUGCAAUCACAGUAGUUUCUCUUUUUAUUAAAAUGUUAUAACUACAUUUUCUAAUUCCUGUGUGCCAUUUCAUUUCAUAACUAUUGCACAACAUGUUAAUGAUUCAAGGAGUUAUUUAUGUUGGGAGACACCAUAAGGAAAUGCUUGGGAGACAGUCAGAAAAGAAAGCAAAGACAAGAGGGAUGAUAAGACGGAUGCAUGCAUGACAUUGUUUGGUUGGUGACUCAUUACUGACUGUAAACAGUUCAGGAGGCAAAAGCCUCUGGAUAACACUUGGUACACUGUUUAACACUGAUUACAUCUUUGUUUGGAAGGAAACUUAUUGUACAUCCCUGUGACACACCCUGUCUGUACGCUAAGCAUGAGUCUACAGCCAGCAGCUGGUUAGCUUAGCUUUGCACAAAGUCUGGAAAUGGGAAAUGAAAUGAAAAUGUCAAAACAUUUGCACAGUGAUUUACCAAGGUCUUAAGUUUAUUAAAUUGUGAAUUGUUCAUUUACAGAGGUUAUAAGAUUGUCCUUGGAAUUUACUGUAGAGUAAAUUUACUUUACAAUGAAUUCCAUUAAAAUGGGCUCAUGAUGACCAAGUAGCUGAUUUUUUUUUUUUUUCUUAUUGUAACUGUAGCUUGAAUGUGAUGGUAUAUGAACGAAGACUGUUUUUCACAAAGAGUACCUGGCAGCUCGACUGGUUGCUCAGGUUUUGUAGUUGAUGCAUAUAUACAGUAUAUUUCUCAUGAUAGUGAAGGAAUGAAUGAAAACUGCACAUACUAGAACCUUUUGUGAGAUCCAUUAUGUUUAUGUUUUAUUUUUACUGUAGCCUAUUUAUACACUCCAAAACAUUUCAUUAUUUUCAAUGACUGAAACAUUUCUAUUGACAACACUUCAAUCAAUACAAUCACUUUUAAGAAAGUGGUAAAAGUUUAAGAUUAAAAAAAACAUAUACACACUCUCAUUUCAACAUUUGAAUAUUCUGGAUUCAUAUCUAUUGAGUUUUGAGAAUUUCAAAAAUCCCAAAUGUGUUUGUUUUCUGUUUAAGUUCAGUGGCUGGCAGUGGCAUUGACACCAGGACGACCACUAGAGGGAACUGUUAGUUGCCUGAUAGACGCACAUUUGGUCAAACUGUGCUGUCAGUGAAAGGACAUAAAUAUUGGAAUGGCUUACCAUUUGCAAUAAGGGAGUGUCCUACAUAUUUAACUUUCAAAACACACCUCAAUCAUUGGCUUAAGUCAGACCAGAUCUGUGAUCACUGUUAACUCAGCAUGUUGCAUUUGUCUUUGCUACUCGUGUAUUGUCUAUUUGUAACUGUAUAUUUUGAAUUGUAAUGUUCUUGUUUUAAUUUGCCUGGCCAGGGAACCCAGAUAUAAAUUAACAUUCUUGAUACAAUCCGGCAUUGUCCCUAU